CCCGGCACAGGGGACAGGACAACAUGGCUGCUGCUGCGGGCCGAUACUACGGAGAAGGCGGCAGAGCAACGAAAAGACAGAAAACGGAGGACGGAGGAAUGACAACGGAGAGCUACGAUGACCCUCAUAAACCGCUACCCUCCUCGGUGGUGCACAUCCGGGGCUUGGUGGACGGCAUCAUGGAGGCUGACCUGGUGGAGGCCCUGCAGGAGUUUGGGGCCAUCAGUUUUGUUGUUAUGAUGCCCAAGAAACGGCAGGCCCUCGUGGAGUAUGAGGACACGAAUGGCUCCUGCAAUGCUGUCACAUAUGCAGCAGAGAACCAGGUUUACAUUGCAGGCCACCCCGCCUUCAUCAAUUACUCCACUAGCCAAAAGAUCUCCCGGCCAGGGGACUCAGACGACACCCGGAGCGUCAACAACGUUCUGCUGCUCACGGUCAUAAACCCCAUCUAUCCCGUCACCACGGACGUGCUCUACACCAUCUGUAACAACUGUGGACCUGUACAGAGGAUCGUCAUCUUCAGAAAGAAUGGUGUUCAGGCCAUGGUAGAGUUUGACUCGGUCCAAAGUGCUCAGAGGGCCAAAGCCUCUCUGAAUGGGGCAGACAUCUAUUCUGGCUGCUGCACUCUAAAGAUUGAGUAUGCCAAGCCAGCACGUCUUAAUGUCUUCAAGAACGACCAGGACACGUGGGACUAUACAAACCCCAACCUCAGUGGCCAAGAUGCUGAUGGUGAAGGCAAUUGGAACAAUUCACAAGAUCCCAAUGCCAAUCCCAACAAACGCCAGAGGCAGCCGGCUCUUCUGGGAGACCACCCACCUGAUUAUGCUGGCCCACAAGGAGGUUAUCAUAGCUACAAUGAGGACAGCUACGGCCCGCCUCCUCCCCACCGCGGGGGGCCAGGUAUGGGCGGGCGUGGUCGUGGCAGCCAGCGCUACGGCCCUAGUUACGGACCACCACCCCCUGAGUAUGGCCCUCACGCCGACUCCCCGGUUCUUAUGGUUUAUGGCCUCGAGCCCGCUAAGGUCAACGCCGACAAGGUCUUCAACGUCUUCUGCCUCUACGGCAAUGUGGAGAGGAUUAAGUUCAUGAAGAGUAAGCCUGGAGCAGCAAUGGUGGAGAUGGGUGACUGUUACUCUGUGGACAGGGCCAUCACUCACCUCAACAACAACUUCCUCUUUGGACAGAAACUCAACGUUUGUGUGUCCAAGCAGCAGGCUAUUGUGCCAGGACAGUGCUACCAGUUGGAGGACAACACAAGCAGCUUCAAAGAUUUCCAUGGAUCCCGCAACAACCGCUUCACCUCCCCAGAGCAGGCGGCCAAGAACCGAAUCCAGCACCCCAGCAAUGUCCUACACUUCUUCAAUGCACAGCCCGACAUCGCUCCAGAGAUUUUCAACCAGGCCUGCGAAGAUCUGGGAAUCAAGAGCCCCACAAGUGUGAAACUUUUCACCGGAAAGAGUGAGCGAAGUUCAUCUGGCCUCCUGGAGUGGGAAUCCAUCAAUGAUGCCAUGGAAGCCCUAGCUCUGAUUAACCAUUUCCAGAUGAAAAAUCCCAGUGGGCCUUACCCGUACACACUGAAGCUGUGUUUCUCAACCACACACCAUGCCAACUGACCACUCUCCCCACAAACCAUUUGUAAUGUUUCGUGUCUUGCAUAGAGUGUUCUAUACAGUUCUGUUGUCACGCUCCAUUAAAACAUUCGACCAGUAUUGACAAAAAAGACUGCUUUGCUUUAAAACAUGUUACCUGAACUAUGAUUUUGUAUGAUGUAUUUACUUUUGUCAUGUUUUUCAAUCAGUUUUAUUUUGUACGUUCCCAACACUAGAUUUGAAGAAUGUUUAAAAAAAACCAAAAAAAAAAAAAAACUAAACACUACCCUGAAGUAAUUCAAUGUGGACCUGAGUUUUAUUUUAGUUUUUUAAAUCAAGUGAACAGUAACCAUGAUGUGAAUGCUGAUAUAACCAGUGUUCACGUCUACAAAGAUGAUUUGUGUUGUAUCGUUCAUCAUUUAUUCAGAAACGGUACAAAUGUAUUGGCAAGUUCUUACAAAGAGAAGCAGCCGUAGUUCUUUGACAUCCCUGUCCUGAAGUGGUUAGGGUGCCUUCUGUAUGUCGAUACCUGGACUAUAAAGGAUUAUUACCAUGAAGAUUAAAGGAUGGCGAAGAUGAAGGAGCUGGUUAUCUGUUUAGCCACUGUCAAAAUGUCAUCGUCAAGUUGUCACCUUUUGUAGUAAACAAUACUGUGAAUAGAACUUUGGCUGGAAUAACUCAAUUAACCAAAAGUUAGUCGUUUCAGUUUCCACAUACCAGCAUUAGGUAGCCUGGAUCAGGCAGAGGCCCCAUCUAUACACACAGGUUGUGUAGCAUAAUGCACUCAGACCUACACUGCAUUAUUUUCAGUAUCACUGUUUGUAUUCAAAAGUGCUAGAUGAAUUAAAGCAGUUUAAAAAUGAAAAGAAAAA